CCUGUCUCUUUAAAUGUUGGAGAAACAAUCCUCUCAAUUCUGCUUUUCAGGGAAAGUAAUUACUGCCAAAAGUAGCUUCACAUCGCACCUUGCUAUGUCAUCCCACUAAGGGAUUCACUCCAGUUCGUGCCACAAGCACUUUUUGCUUGCCUUUCACUUCCUCCAUCCCAUGGAGACUGACAUUUCUCUUUUUCCACCGGCUUAUCUUUUAAAAACAAGGUUAUCGAGCCUGUCCAUUCGCAGCCUAGUCACCUUUCAUCAAAAGGAGUGAGAUAACCUUUUGGCUGAGUACUAUUGCAAGGGCUUUAUCAACACCAUCCACAGAACCCAGGCAAUUUACAUAACUGGAAGUCAGAUUCCAAAAUGUCAUGGUUCCCUCUGCAUGGUGCUGUUAAUGUAUCCCUCGGGUUCCUUUGCCUCCUGUUUGCCUCCAGCUUGGCUGAAAGCGUGAAAGGAGAAAGCAAGAAAGUGGCAGUGCUGGCAACUGCAGAGUUGCCUGCUAAAUCGGUUGAUCUGGCAGCGAUUAACCUGACUGAAUUGGUAAAUGGGAUGCUAAACACAGCUCUCAAAGGCAGCAAAAAGUUCUUCUCAUUGCUGAGCAUCACAUCUUACAGCUCGUAUGCCUUCCAUAAGGUUUCCAUAGUCGUCUACAACAUAUCCAACCUGAAGAAUAUUGACCCCACCAAAUUCCCCAUGAGGUACUGCUAUUGCUUGAACAACAGGACAAAUGACUUAACAGAUUUUACCGCUUUGCUAGUUGAUAUUGUUGGCAACUCCACCGAUUCCCUUAAAGAAAUUUUCAAGUCUACCUCUAUUGUGUCAGUGAGCCAAGGAAAUGACACGGACUGCAUCUAUAUUUGUGUCAUGUCAGGCCGCACAGGAAGAAACCUGUCCGAUUUGUGGGAAGCCAUUGAAAAGUCACCGUUUAUUAAUUACACUUUUUCAGGAAAUGUGUCAGACCUUCUGGGUUUAGAUUUGAUUCUCCCUGGCCUGGUUCCUUUAUGGGAAGAUGAUGACAAGGUCUUAGGUGAUGCUGCAAAAGACACAUGGACAUUUAAAACUACAAAGAUACCUAGGUGGUCACAGACUGGCGACUGGAAAGGAAAAGAGAUGCCUUUUACGCAGGAUUCCACGAUACAAAAGAGUGUUAGUCCAACAGGCUUCGAAGCAUCAUCCUCAGAGGUUCCCUUAUGGCUGCAGACUGAGGUUUCAAGAGCGUAUGAGGUUUCAUCAACUACAACAGCUUCAACAGGGUCUCCUCCAACUCCUCUGGGAAGCUAUGGCAGUCCAUCAGAAGCUCCAGCAACCCUCACUCCAGAGAUGCCUGCGCAACCAUGGACCAUUGCUGCAAAAGGAGAUGGGGCAUCCUCGCCACCGUUCACCAUGUGGCAACAGACUCCUGGCUUGAAAGGUGCUGAGGCUUCGUCUUUCCAAGAGUCCUCAUGGCUGCAGACGGAUGCUGCCAAAGAAUGGGCAGUCUCGCCUACUGCGAUGGCUUCUUCCUUGCCUCCGUUGAGCUAUAGCAUUCUGCCUGGGACGCAGCCAGUGCCAACAACAGGAAUUCCUUUACCGCUGGCUUCUCCUUCCAUAGAGCAAGUGCAGGAUGCGUUGAAGACCCGUCCUCCUCCCUCUGAAGCCCUUACGUUCUGGACGCGACCUGCUUCUUUGAAACGGACCAAAGCGCCUCGCCCAAUGCAGACUAUGGCAGAAAACAUGCCUCUUCCUGCAGCAUCUACGCCACAACAGAGGCCUGCCAUUUUACUAAAGGUGCCCUCCAGAUGUCCGCGGGCAAUGAAGAAAGGCACCUCCAUGACUACACCAUACAUCACAGCUCAGAAGAUAAACCCUUGUGUGAUGGAGCUGUGCAAAUUUUUCCAGCAGUGCCUCUGUGCAAGGGACAGAAGCUACUCAAGAGAUGAAGCUAUGAGGUACUGUAUUGAAAACUAUUCCUGGUUCUUGAAAAAUGCAACAUACAUCUGUGAAAAAGUCAAGAGGGCUGCCCAUUCAAGGACUUUAAAGCAAAAAUGCCUUGCAAGCAUUUGCAGAGCUAUUUAAAGCCCGAAGAGAAGA